AUGGUCCCGGCAGUGAAGCAAGAACUGCUUGAACGAUUCUCGAAUCAUCCUAGAACUGAACCAGGGUAUAACUUCGAAAACGGUCCGAAAGUAAUCCAACAAAAACCCGAACAGGUUCAGAACUUGGUAAGACCAGCAACACAGUUGCAAAUGUUUAUCAAAAAUCACUGUGUAUACCACAUGCCCAGCAACAGUUAAAUUGUUUACAAAGGGGGGGUAAAAUAGGAUAGAAACCAUGGCUUUCUAGCUAAUUAUCUCAAAAACUGAAUAGCAGAUUACCUUCUAAUAUUGUGU